AAGGCGCUGCCCUCCUGGAGCCGCUCGACGGGCAGAGGCGGCUGGGCUCUGCGGAGUGGUAAAAGCGCCCCUCGCCACCAGCCGGCCGCCUCGCCUCGCCUCGCCUCUCCCAUAGAAAGGCAUCUCCGGGAGCAGGGAGCAGAGCUUGGCCUUGGGAACAAGGGCCAGGAGGAUCCUGCUCGGGAGUCCCCAGCGGGCCCUUCUGCAAGGAGCCUCUUCCACGCCAGGCGCCAAGGACGCGGGGGCUCGGGGACCUCGGCGAUGGGACACGAGGGUGCCUACAGGAUCCCGCCUUGUGCCGUUGGCCCCACUUCCACCUGGCCCCUGCCCAGAAUUUAUCUCUCGCCUGGCUUUUUUGUGAGAGCAAAGAGCAGCUAGCAAGCUACAAAAUGAACUUCCCAGAUCGAGGGAGUCUGUGGCUUGGCCUUUCGUUAUCCGAAUGCUGAAAGCGGGGCGAGCACCUCCAGAUCCUGGGCCCAUGUGGAUGGGGAGAGGAUGCGGGUGACAAUGAGGCGGGUGCUUCUGGGGGUGGGCUUUGCCAUUGGCCUGAUGGUCUCUGCCCACCUCGGCCAACAGAUGCUGCAGUGCCAGCAGAUCCUGGGCCAAGGCACCAACAGGGGGCUGAUGCGUCCAGAGAACGAGGAGCUGGUGAUGCUGGACUCCAAUCGGGUGGAAUACCGUUACAGCAAGGAGAUGCCUUUGAUCUUCAUUGGCGGUGUCCCCCGGAGUGGGACCACGCUGAUGCGAGCCAUGUUGGAUGCUCACCCAGAGGUGCGCUGUGGGGAGGAGACCCGCAUCAUUCCACGUGUACUAGCCAUGCGCCAAGCCUGGUCCAAAUCUGGGCGGGAGAAGAUGCGCUUGGACGAAGCUGGGGUGACGGACCAAGUCUUGGAUUCUGCUAUGCAGGCCUUCAUCCUGGAGGUGAUUGCCAAACAUGGGGAGCCAGCCAGGUACCUCUGCAACAAAGACCCUUUCACGCUCAAAUCCUCCAUGUACCUGUCCCGCAUCUUCCCCAACUCCAAGUUCCUCCUGAUGGUUCGUGAUGGUCGGGCUUCCGUCCAUUCUAUGAUCACCAGGAAGGUCACCAUUGCAGGCUUUGACCUCCGCAGCUACCGUGACUGCUUGACGAAGUGGAACAAAGCCGUCGAAGUGAUGUACUCCCAGUGCAUGGAGAUUGGACGGUCACGAUGCCUCCCCGUCUACUAUGAGCAGCUUGUCCUGCAUCCUCAAAGAACGAUGCAGGCCAUCAUGGAAUUCCUAGACAUCUCCUGGAGCGAUGCAGUCCUGCACCACGAAGAGCUGAUUGGGAAGCCGGGUGGAGUCUCCCUCUCCAAGAUUGAGCGAUCCACAGACCAGGUGAUCAAGCCAGUGAACACAGAGGCCUUGACAAAGUGGCUGGGGCACAUUCCAGCAGAUGUGCUACAGGACAUGGCUCACAUUGCCCCGAUGCUAGCCAGGCUGGGCUACGACCCCUAUGCAAACCCACCCAGCUAUGGGAGUCCAGACCCCCUGGUGAUCAACAACACACACAGGGUUCUGAAUGGGGAUUUUAAAACACCUGCCAAUCUGAAAGGAUACCUUCAGGGUGCACAAAAUACUACUGCUUUUCACUGAUAAAGUGAUUUCCAGAUGCAAAUUGCUUCCUGUUGCUCUGAAGAGAAGGAAACGUGCAAACAACAGUGGAGCUCUGUUAUCCAAGCAUAUUGCUUGCUACUGAUAUUGCCAAACCAAGUGCUCUCCGUGAAACACUUUGUGUGUGUGUGUGUGCGCGCCUUUAUUUGCCAGGUUUGGAUUUCUGACUCACAGGACCGGCUGUCAACCUUGCUUGGACACACUCUGUGGUGAAAGGGCGAAAUCUGUGGAAAUAAAAGAGAACCUCAAAGUAUAUCAGAGAAGAUUUUAUACUUCUCUGCUGGAGACCUUUUAAAAGUGUCUUGUAAUUUUUGUUCUCUAAUUUGCAGACCUCAGAUAGCUCCAUUAACAUAACCUCAUUUGAGUGCUUUUGUCUUAUAGGCAACAAUCCCAAUUUCCCUCAUUUUAAUUCACUCAUUUGUAAUUUACAAAAAUCAAAUAGAUUUAUUUAUUAAUUCUUAAAUAAAUAUAUAAGGCUGUCUCCUUC